ACGCCCAAACUCUCUCCUGCUCCAACACACCACAGCACUGCACUCUCUCUCACCACCAACACAGAGGAAUUAAGCAGAGGAAGAUACAAUCCGAGUAGCAGCCCACAACAUGGCGAGUUCAUCGUCCGUGCUCGGCCUGUCCCUGGCCGUGCUGGCCAUGGCGGCGGCCGUGUCGGAGGCCGGCUUCUACGACCGGUUCGACGUGGGCGGGUCCGGCGACCACGUCCGGGUCACCGACGACGGCAAGACCCAGCAGGUGGCCCUCGUCAUGGACCGCGGCUCCGGCGGCGCCGGGUUCACGUCCAGGGACAAGUACCUCUUCGGCGAGUUCAGCGUCCAGAUGAAGCUCGUCGGCGGCAACUCCGCCGGCACUGUCACCUCCUUCUACUUGACGUCUGGGGAAGGGGACGGGCACGACGAGAUCGACAUCGAGUUCAUGGGCAACCUGAGCGGCGACCCGUACGUGAUGAACACCAACGUGUGGGCCAGCGGCGACGGCAAGAAGGAGCACCAGUUCUACCUCUGGUUCGACCCCACCGCCGACUUCCACACCUACAAGAUCGUCUGGAACCCCAAGAACAUCAUAUUCCAGGUGGACGACGUGCCGGUGAGGACGUUCAAGAAGUACGACGACCUGCCGUACCCGAGCAGCAAGCCGAUGACGGUGCACUCGACUUUGUGGGACGGCAGCUACUGGGCCACGCGCCACGGCGACGUCAAGAUCGACUGGAGCCAGGCGCCCUUCGUCGUCAACUACCGGGAAUACUACGCCAACGCCUGCGCCAGCAACGGCGCCUGCCCCGCCGGCAGCGACGCCUGGAUGAGCAAGCAGCUCGACGCCAAGCAGCUCGGCACCGUCGCCUGGGCCGAGCGCAACUACAUGUCCUACGACUACUGCGACGACGGGUGGCGGUUCCCCAACGGAUUCCCCGCCGAGUGCUUCCGCAAGUGAUCCGUAUAUCCAUCCAUCGUUGGAUUGAUCCAUUUAUUCCCUUCUUUUACUGAUGAAAAGUUGCUCUUCUUCUCCAUUCGAUUCGACGGACAUUCGUUCGUUGCCGAGGUUUACCUGCGUUCUGAUGCUCCCAAUUUCCAUGUACAUGUUGCCAUGGGUUAUUUUCUUCAUUUCAUUGUCACAGUCGGAGUUUUACAGAGGGAAAUUGAGGUGAGUUAUUUGUGGGUUUAUGUUGGAGAGAGUGAGGGAUGCACAUGUUGUGGUUAUUUAUAAAUAAACCAUGAAUGAAUUAUACUACUACUUAUAUACAGUAAA